AUGUUCCUCAGGUUGGAAGAAAUGAAGAAAGAUAUAUUUUGGGACAGUCUAUUGGGGGUGACAUCGAGUCUGGCAUAUGAAGAAGGGAUUAUCCUGGCUGGUGAUCUGAAUGGACAUGUGGGAGCGAAUAGUGAGGGUUAUGAAGGAGUACAUGGAGGGUUCAGUUACGGCAUGAGAAAUUUGGAAGGAGAGAGGAUUUUAGAUUUUAGUGAUGCUAUGGAUAUGAUUGUCUGUAAUACAAAGUUUAAGAAAGAAUCCGAAAAGCUGGUGACUAUAAGUCGGGUAGUACUAAAAGUGCAAUGGAUUACUUGUUAUUUAGGAGAUGUGUGUGAUCGAUGUAUAGUAAAAAAUGUGAAAGUGAUACCGGGAGAGGGAUGUAUAAUUAGCAUCGACUAG